AUGCAGGCAGGUUCUAGUGCGGGGCGAUUUGACAGCCCACGACCGGCGUUCCGUGAGGAGUCAAAGGUUGGGGAGCUUAUUAAGCAACAAAAUACGUACUUCCGAGCGUUCAAAAGGAUGAUUGACAACUUGAACAUCGAUGACAUAGAGGAAAAGUGGGAAGUGGAUGAUGAAUUGCGUAAUUUGCAGACGCGUUGGAACCAAAUGGAUGCUUUACACUUACAAAUUGACAACAUUUUGCAGGGCUCAGACCCAUCAUAUGACACCAUGUUUAUGAAUUACGAAAUGACAUACAAGCAAACCAAGCGACAGCUAAACAAGAGAAUAGGCGCAAUGAACCACCAGCAUCAGAUGACUCCGCAGGUGGAUAUUCCAAAAUUUGCAGGCGACUAUUCACAAUGGCCGACCUUUUUAGACCUUUUUACUGGCGCGAUUCAUGCAAAUCCUGGGUUGUCAAAAGCACAGAAGAUGCAGCAACUGAAGGGGAAAUUGCGUGGGGAAGCAGAACGACUCAUACAACACCUGAAUGUCUCCUCUGACAAUUAUGACACGGCCUGGGACAUUCUAACCCAUCGCUACAACAACGCGCAGAUUUUGUUUACUAAGCAAAUAGAAACAUUUUUAAACCAAGCUUCCAUACAGAAACAAAAUGCCGUCGAACUAAAGAGGCUUCAUGACGUCACCAAUGAAUGCAUCUAUGCAAUCCGGAAUCUGGGAGUUGACACUACAACAUGGGACCCGCUGUUAGUCCAUUUACUGGUAAAGAAGUUGGACUCCCAAACCUACACCGAAUAUAUGGAGUCUCGUAGCGCUCCACGUGACCUUCCUACUUUCGACGAGCUGAUGUUAUUCUUGGAGGCUAAGUUCACGGCAUUAGAGCCGCUUAGUAGAGGGGAGAAGGCAGACAUUGCAGUGACAAACAAGCAGCCGCAACGACACAUUCGAGAGAAACCGGAAAAAUCGUUUAACACAGCAAAUUACAACUACAGCAGAUUUUAUAAUGCAAAUGCAGUCGUCAAGUGUGGAAUGUGCAAUACUAGCAGUCAUGCACUCUACCAAUGCAAAAAAUUUGAAGCGUUAACACCUGACAUGAAGCUAAAAACUGUGUCAAGGCAGGGCUUGUGUAUCAACUGCCUCUAUUACCACGAGCGAAAUGUAUGUAACUCGAACAAGCGUUGUCGAGAAUGCUACGGGCAACAUAAUACCUUAUUGCAUGCAGCAAUAAAGGCGGAGCAAGUAGCACCGAAUAAGUCGGGCAAACAUCGACAACAACCUCGUCAGCAGAAUGCGAACCACAUUGCCAACGACGAUGAUGAAGUAUUACUCACCACGGUGCAGGUGCGCGUGCGGGCGGUAGAUGGCACGUACAUUACUCUUAGAGCCCUUCUGGAUCAAGGCUCCCAGGUUACUCUCAUCACCGAGAAUGCUGCUCAACGUCUACGACUGCCACGACAACAUACAAGCGCCUUGAUAUCGGGUGUGACGUCGGCCUCGAAAAUGGGCAAAGGAAAAAUACAAUUAGAAUGCAAGUCUAUGCAUGAUGAUUUUACUUUCACCACAGAGGCACUUGUCAUGGCUAAGGUGGUUAAUAAUCUUCCCAAUCAUUCGAUGCCUAAGAAAAAUUAUCAACACAUGCAACAUUUGCAAUUAGCUGACCCCGAAUACAACAUCUGCAGGCCCAUUGACAUGCUACUAGACGCAAAGGUAUAUUCUGAGAUACUUAUGAAUGGUUUACUUAAGGGCUCGUCAUCUGAACCAAUUGCUCAACAGACCAAACUUGGCUGGAUAAUAUCAGGGCGAGUAACGUUUAAUUGCAAUGUCGUUAUUCAUAAUCUUGAGGAUAUCUCCACAUAUUGGGAACUGGAAAAUGUAAUGGAUGACAACAGUGAUAUGACAAAGCGUGACCAAUAUUGUGAGGAGUUUUACAACAAAACUACAAACCGUCUAUCCGAUGGCCGAUAUGAGGUAAGACUACCCAUGAAAAAUAAUUUUGAAUCACAGCUGGGAGUCUCAAAACCACAAGCCGUUGCACAAUUCAUGCAGCUGGAGCGGAAGCUCGCUAAGGAUAAAAGGUUACAUGACAGCUAUCAUCAAUUUAUAAAUGAGUACAUCGAAUUGGGACACAUGAAGGAGUGUGUGACGAGCGCAGAUACGCAAUGUUUCUUGCCGCACCAUGGUGUCCAUAAGCAAGACUCGAGUACAACUAAACUAAGAGUCGUGUUUAAUGCAUCAGCUAAGACAUCAACCGGCCACAGUUUAAAUGACUUGAUGGAAUGUGGGCCGAAGUUACAAACUGACAUUCAAAGUUUAUUGUUACGCUGGAGGACACAUCGAUAUGUGUUGAAUGACUGUGAAAAGAUGUACCGGAUGGUUUUGAUUCAUGAACAGGACCAACUACUGCAGAAGGUCAUCUGGAGGAAUACCCCGCAGGAAGCACUCAAGGAAUUCCAACUCUGCAACAUAUGGAACACGAUCGGCGCCCUGGCUUGCCAUGAGAACCAUGCAACAAUUGGCGAGGGAUGA